GCAGAGACCGUUCUCUCCCCCGACGUCGGCUAUCAGACACCAUGGAGGCUUCGAUGAAGAUGCAAUGUGAAGAUGGAAUGAUUUUCACUUGUAAUUUAUUCAGUAAUGUAACUGCAGUUUAUGAAUAUAGCCUAUACUAUAUCGGACUGUCGUCGUAUAGAAUAUAAAUAUAUUUUUGAGAGAGAAUCUGAUCAACGGGGAUGCCUGGCGCAGCCUAUGGACCGUUAUGAUUAGAAUAUUGGGCAUGGAUUGGAUUGCUGUGUUCUAUCCUAUCUACCUUGUUCCUUAUCAUUAUGUUAUCAUGCUGGACCGAAUAUCUGACUAGGCAUCUUAAAAAUUGUGAAUUUGCAUUGCUUGCCACAAGGAAAUGUGAUUAUCAGCAUUUGGUUUUUGAGAAAAAUGUGAAAGGUAACAGCGGAAUGAUCAUGAGCAACUGUCGAGAAACACCUCUUCAGCAACAUUAUUUUGUAUAUAUUUUUUAAGAUAAUAUUAUUUUUGCUAUGCUCUAUUGCGCAGGCGUACUCGCCGGGACGCUGUCACUGCGCUUCACUACAUUAUUGGGUGAUGUAGCCUAUAGGAAUGUGAAGAAAACGGAACACUAAAAUGCAUCGACAAAAUGGUAUUGCUUCACCGAAAGGAUUUACAAGUGAUCCUUAAAAUAUAUUGUGCCAACGAAGAAUGUCAGGGACAUCAAAUGCAGAAUCUGCUGAAGGAGUAGUCUCCAAAGUGAAAGUAAAAAAGCAGAUCAAGACAAUCGUGAAGGAUUUGGAGACCAUCCUGGGAGACUUGAGGGAUGUGGCCAAGGAACUCAAAGAGGUUGUGCAUGAGAUCGACUCCCUCACGUGUGACCUACAGCUGGAGGAGGAGAUGACGGACAGUUCCAAGACAGACACCCUGAACAGCAGUUGUAGCAGCAUCACCACCACCACCACAGCCUCCAGCAUUGACAAGAUCAAGAUCUACCCUGACGACGCUAUCUUUAGGCCCCAGUCUGUCAGCCCUGCUGUCCUGACCGUGCUGAAGAAGCCCCAUCCUCCUCUGCCACCUCCCAGGCUGACACCUAUCAAAGCGGAGGAGAACAACAAGAAUCCACCAUCAGGGAACCUACUAGCCAAGGCUAACGGGACUCUUAUGCGCAAUGAAGUUUUCACAGGGAAGCCGAACAGAGACUUAUUGUACUCCAUCUCAAAUAGUGUUCCAGAGAAAGGACUUACGCCCAUGCCUUUGCUACGGCAUGAAAAGAGCAAAUGCCCCCAGGCCACCAGAGAGCGGGUCCGAUUCAGUGAAAAGGUCCAGUAUCACGGGUACUGCCCUGACUGUGACCUGCAAUAUGACGUCGACAACACAGAUAUGCACUUACAGCCAGAAUUGACUGAUGAAAUGAGCCCUGUCCAUCAGUGUUCCUCCUCCUCACCACCACCCAAGCUCCUGUUGGAAAAUGGCAGCCUCAGUGUCAGCCAUAGUUUCCCUCCUACAAACUCGCCUUGUGUGCCUCAUCCUAACCCUUCCCUGAAACCACAGAAAACCAUCCUCCGAAAAUCAACCACCACAACGGUUUGAAAAUCAACCACCGCAACGGUUUGAUGUUAAUCACCCUUAAUUAAACAUUUCGAAAUUAUUUAUAGCGUUUUCUAUUUUAUGAGCAGUCAAACGUGGAUUAUCUAAACAAUGAGAAAAACAUAGAUGAUUCACAAGGAGAGAAUGAAUGGUGAGUGAGUGCCAACCGACAACUGUCCUUGGCAUGUAAGGGGGUUUGGCAGGGUUGUGUUAAGAGAAGUGAAGUUACAUUGACUCAUAUUUUUGAAAGAAUUUGUAAAACAGGAAGCUGUGUUAGAACAUGUCAUUAAUUUAUGCUCUGGGUUAAACAAGAAACAAGAAACCUAGUUUCACUCAAAUCCGCCCGCUGCCCAACACGCUGUGUCUAGGGCUGAGACAGUAUGGCAAUGAGGUCAUACCUUUUCUCACUCAAUAUCGCUCCACUCACACUUCACUUGAAGGAUACAAAUAUUGAGCUAUAUUGC